AUGAACCCCCGCUCCGCCCCAGAGAAACUUCCCCCGAAAUCGUAUCGCACGCAGACCGCACAUUUUCCCACAACAGUCGCGCGGGACGCCCAUGCGAACACCCCGGCCGCUCCCGAUCCUCAAUAUGUGACGUCGAUGCUACGACGCGCCCACACGGUGGCACAAGGGAAGAACAUGGGUGAAAGGGCCGGUAGUGGAGAGAAAACGGCAAGGGAACGGAUGGUUACCUCGCUGCUGCGGGUGAAGAGUAGCCAUGAGGCCCUGCGGAAGCGCUCGCUCAAGCGAUUCGACGUUCUACCGUCCACCCGCGAUGCGCUUGCGGCUGCACGGGAACCAAACCAUUUCACAGUUGGCAACGUAGGCCAAAACGGAAAGAUUUUCCUCAGACCGAUUCGAAAUCUGUCUCUCAAGGCACCGCGCGUGCCACCCGCUCCCUCGUUCACGGACCAAUCGAAAGACCGGCACCUUCACCCGCAUAGACAUGGCGGCCAUCCUGGGAACGAGCCUUCGCGAUGGUCGAACUCGCAGCUAUCGGAGCUGCGUCCAGAUCUCAUACCGGAAGAAACCUGCGAAGACAGCGACUCGGUCAUUGCGGAAUCGACACGCUCUGGGUACCAUGGCUCUCGUCGCAUGCUUCAAAGGGCCCAUUCGUUUUCCACAAUCUCAGAGCAGCGCUCAGCCUCACGCGCAGGGCACCACGGCGAAUACCGAAUUCUCAUAGAUCGAACGGCCGACAGACCCAAAUCCGCAGGGUCUUCACACCCGGCCUUGGACGUCCAUAUCUCCAGUCACCGACUAGGCUUGCCGCUAUUAAACCACGAGGGCAGCACAUUUCUCCACAGCUCUAUCUACUCGAGAACGUCGCAGUCCGACAACUUUAGAGCCUCGCCACUUUUCCGAGAGGACUGGAACAAUAGCCCAAUACCUGAUUCCUUGAUCAUCAACACGGAUCGGCCUUCCUUCUCUCCAACGGGAUUCCCCACGACCAGCGCCGUCGAAUUGGCCCAAGGGUCUGGCGUCGGUAGCAAGCCAGAGCUGUAUGAAUUGAAGGAGCCAAUCCGGCCGGCGGUCUUCGACAAUCUAAUGUCGGAGAUGGACAGUAGCGCAGUCGUCCGUUAUACUCUCGGCACCCAGGAAAUCAGCGCCGCCACGCCUGCGCGGAUUGUCGCGCAGAUAUCUUCUGAAUCGUUCAUGGAUUACGAACUCGUGUCCGACUUUUUCCUUACCUUCCGUUCCUAUCUCUCCAUUUCCAACCUUCUUGCACUCUUGCUGGCUCGACUACAAUGGGCAAUCAAUCGUCUGCAGGACGACGGGAGAAUCAUUCGCAUUCGUACGUUUGCGGCCCUCCGACACUGGAUCCUGAACUAUUUUGUCGAUGAUUUCAUCCCCAACUAUGAUAUUCGGGUCCGUUUCUGUGACACGAUAAAUAACAUGUACAACGCUGUCAAAGCUCGGGAAGAAGGCGGCACGAGCGACUUGAAAAUUCUCAUUGACCUCAAGCGGUGCUGGCUUGGGAAGUGCUCGACUUACUGGACCGUGCCAGACCAACAUAUUGCGUAUCAGAAUCCAGACCACCCUAUUAUUCCUGGGGGAGAUGACACCACAGACGCGAGCAUUGGUGAACCCCCGAACAUCACUCGGACGGCAAGUGCCGGCCAGAAUAUCAACGUCGAAAUUGCUGAACGCCAGCAAACCGCUCAUCAUGACCGUAAUCAUUCUUCGGCGACGGCCAAGAGCGUGCCUAUAUCGGCAGAGAGUGACAACAGUAUACAGCCGAUUUCUUGCUCACUUCCGCCCAAAUCUCCCAAACGCCUCUCCGUGCCCUUUCACCAAAAAGCUCCUCAUAUCGUACCUCUCAUGACUUCCAAGCUGCCCCCUUCACAAGACCUGCCUUCUCUGUCGCCGGCUAUCUCCAGACGCCAUCCUUUUCAUACCCAUGCACAUAAACGGAGUGGCAGUUUCUCUGACUCUGUACGAGAUGACCGGGCUCCGCUAUCGCUAUUGAAACUCGACAAUCAGGCCUCGGUGCAAGAAGAGAUCAACCUAGGCGGCCUGAUUCGUGGUGAGCUCUAUCCUCCCGCAGAAUCGUAUAUGACAAUGAUGGCGCCUCCGUCCCCACCGUUGCCCUCCGCCACCAGUUCGCCCACCUCUGAUCGUCGAAGCAACUCAGAUGGCUUUUCUAAACCAGGCAGUUCGGGUUCAGGCGUAAAGAAGACGAUAAUUGGAUCAAUCCGACGAGCGCUGCAUAGCAGACAUGGGGGCUCCAGUACAUCUCCACGCAGCACAACUGUAUCAGGCGCUCCGCAAAUUCGAGGGAAGACAUCGGCCUUGCCCAGCAACGUCGCGUUUGGAUCAGACUUCUACCGGGACAGAAAAGCAGCGGCCACGACAAAGCGACCUGCUAGGAUUGAUGUCCUCUGUGAUACGGUUUUGCAGCAAUAUCGCCAUGUCGUUGGGGAUCCUCCAGAUGACAGCCCUGUUGACGGACUUCCUACCCCCCGAGUAGCAGCUCAGCAAGGGUUCUGCCGCGAUACAGAUGAGCGGGGAUAUCCAACUCAUGACCAGUCCAGGAUUCGGAGCCAACUGACCGCGGGAAGCGAAUCAAUUGUUAUCGUCGACGAUACUGGCCUUCGGGAUCCCCUUAUGUCGGGAGCCGUUGCCAUGCAUUCCCCAACUACUCCGAGGGCUACCUUCUUUCGCUCCCCGUCUCAGCGAUCCACCCUAGCCGGCGACGAGUAUUCGCUUCCCAUAUUCUACGACGACGCUGGUUCAAGAUCCUCCAGGCGAAUCUCUCAAUUACUGCGACCACCGGGGCUGUGGACGUCUCGCAGGUCCAUAUCUGUCGAACGCGGACCUGCAUCUUGGAAACGAACUUCACCGUCCCUUCGUCUUCGCAAGUACGCAUCCUUUCAGAGUGGAAUAUCUCGGCAGCGCCUAGAAAUUGGGGACGAGCCAGGUCCCCUCCCCGAAGAUGGGAGCCCACAGGACUCGGACAAACCGGCGGGGCCCAUCCUUCGGAGACGUCCUGGCGGUGAUUUACGGCAAAUGCGAGAGGGACUUGGGGUCGAGUCACCUUCAGAUUCCGGCUCAUUCAUCUCGAAUUACCGCAGUUCCGUUCCAGAGAGCACUCUCUCCCGCCAAAGAGAUCCCAGCUCCAGGCCGCAGACUAGUUUGGUUCCGCCGAAUCCUCGGUUUUCGCUCAUCCAGACCCAUUCAUCUCAAAACUUGCGACGAUCGUUCGAGGCGGCGAUUGCGCAAUUCGCUCAAAUACCCGAUGACGAUGAUGGCGGUAUUGAGUCGGCUCUGUUGAAACUCGAGGGAAAGUGGAAAGGCGCGUCCGGUGGGUCGGAGCAGCCUCAGUCAAGCUCUCAGGCGCGCGGUGCUCGCGAACAGGAAAUGUUCUAUCGGGGCAGUCAUCUUGCGGAGAGUACUUCGGAUCCAAGCUCGCAUAGACGGCAAACACUUGGGGAUAAUCUCACGUACUCCCAGGUACGCGGGCGUAUCAUUCCACACCGGCCCUAUUCAGCUUCUGUUGCAGAGACAGAAGACUCGUAUAGUUCUAUUCCGCUCCUGGAGCGAGGCUUGAGCGACGAAUCCAUGAAGAAGCCCCGGAUGAGCUGGGGUAAUCCCCCGCAAGACUCUGCUCCUCAAGUGCAGGUACGUGAGCUUUCGGAGCGAGACAUGUCAGACGUUGGAUCGUCGCAUCCUUCCAUCGAUGUGGUCAGGGAAACCGAGAGCAUGAAGCGCAUUCCCCGAGGGUCAACUCUUCCCAAUCGACUCCGGCCAUCCAACCAUCGGACCAGUCGUCUAUCUGGUCUCUCGUCCGAACUGUCGGUCGACUUUAUUGAUACCCGGGAGGCUCUAGACCAACGGCUGUCGAUGGAUACUCGAAGUCUAAGCGACUCAUCGCUCGGAAUCCCGCCCCAUCCUCUUGCACACCCUCCCUCUCCUCCAAUGACUGUUCAGAACACCCGGUCCGUGGCUUCGUGCGCAUCGCCCUUGAACCCUGUACUGUACCACUCUCGGCCGUUAACACCAGAUCCUUCUCCAAGACGCAGAGACGCGGAACAAGGAAACAAUGCUCGGAGAAUCGACGUGCAAAAUGUCUCUGGAGACAUUCUUUCGCGGUCUGAAACGGACCGCCACAACCAAGACUCGAAGAAGGCUUAUGGGCCAGAUCAUGUUCCCUUUGUUCUCUCUUGUGAAUCGCAGACUCUCGCGCAGCAGUUGACUCUGGUGGAAAUGGCCGCCCUGAGCGAAGUGGAUUGGCGGGACUUGGUCGACAUGAGGUGGAACAACGGGUCCCCCUCGGCGCUCAACUGGGUGCAAUUCCUUAUGGAGGAAGAACGUCGCGGCAUCGACCUGGUGGUGGGGCGGUUCAAUCUCAUGGUCAAAUGGGUGUUGUCGGAGAUCAUCCUCACGCAAGAUAUCUAUGAACGCGCCCGGACCGUGACCAAGUUCAUCCAUACUGCGGCCCAUGCAAGGCGGAUGUGCAACUACGCGACCAUGCUGCAGAUCGCUAUUGCGCUGUCUUCGACCGACUGUUCUCGACUGCAAAAGACGUGGGCUCUGGUGUCUCCUGACGACAGGCGCCUGCUCAAGGACAUGGAGCUGCUCAUCCAGCCGGUGCGCAACUUCCACGACCUUCGUGUCGAGAUGGAGACGGCGAGUGUCCAGGAGGGAUGCAUCCCUUUCGUUGGCCUCUAUGUCCAUGAUCUGACAUACAACGCCCAAAAGCCGGCCCAGGUGGCUGGCCGUAAUGGAGAGCCGCUGGUCAAUUUUGAACGGUACCGCACCGCGGCCAAGAUCGUCAAAAGCCUUCUUCGGUUGAUCGACGCGAGUACUAAGUACCGCUUCGAGCCGGUGCAGGGCAUCAUAGAGCGAUGCCUCUGGAUUGCGUCGCUGCCGGAAGACCAGAUCCAGACGCGCAGUCGACUCCUUGACUGA